GAGCACUUCCGGAAUAUCUCGGCGUGUGAGCUUGGUUGUCCUACCAAAGCCAGCCUUUCGGCUCACGUGCGCCGGCCUAGUUUGCUCGCGUCCUCACGCUCUUUGGGUUUCCCGGUCUCAUGGCCGGCCUGACCUUAUUUGUGGGCCGCCUCCCGCCCUCGGCCCGCAGUGAGCAGCUGGAGGAACUGUUCAGUCAGGUGGGGCCGGUGAAGCAGUGCUUCGUGGUCACUGAAAAAGAGACUGCGUCUUGCUCUGUCGCUCAGGCUGGAGUGCAGUGCCACGAUCUCCGCUCACUGCAGCCUCUGCCUCCCGGUUCAAGCCAUUCUCCUGCCUCAGCCUCCCAAGUAGCUGGGAUUACAGGGAGUAAGGCAUGUCGAGGGUUUGGCUAUGUCACUUUUUCAAUGCUGGAAGAUGUUCAGAGGGCCCUCAAGGAGAUUACCACCUUUGAAGGUUGCAAGAUCAACGUGACUGUUGCCAAGAAAAAACUGAGGAACAAGACAAAGGAAAAGGGGAAAAAUGAAAACUCAGAGUGCCCAAAGAAGGAGCCAAAGGCUAAAAAAGCCAAAGUGGCAGAUAAGAAAGCCAGAUUAAUUAUUCGGAACCUGAGCUUUAAGUGUUCAGAAGAUGACUUGAAGACAGUAUUUGCUCAAUUUGGAGCCGUCCUGGAAGUAAAUAUCCCUAGGAAACCAGAUGGGAAGAUGCGUGGUUUUGGUUUUGUUCAGUUCAAAAACCUCCUAGAAGCAGGUAAAGCUCUCAAAGGCAUGAACAUGAAAGAGAUAAAAGGCCGGACAGUGGCUGUGGAUUGGGCCGUGGCAAAGGAUAAAUAUAAAGAUAUACAGUCUGUUUCUGCUAUAGGUGAGGAAAAGAGUCAUGAAUCUAAACAUCAGGAAUCAGUUAAAAAGAAGGGCAGGGAGGAAGAGGAUAUGGAAGAGGAAGAAAACGAUGAUGAUGAUGAUGAUGAAGAAGAUGGGGUUUUUGAUGAUGAAGAUGAAGAGGAAGAGAAUAUAGAAUCAAAGGUGACCAAGCCUGUGCAAAUUCAGAAGAGAGCAGUCAAGAGAGCAGCCCCUGCAAAAAGCAGUGAUCAUUCUGAGGAGGACAGUGACCUAGAAGAAAGCGAUAGUAUUGAUGAUGGAGAGGAACUGGCUCAGAGUGAUACCAGCACUGAGGAGCAAGAGGAUAAAGCUGUGCAAGUCUCAAACAAAAAGAAGAGGAAAUUACCCUCUGAUGUGAAUGAAGGGAAAACUGUUUUUAUCAGAAAUCUGUCCUUUGACUCAGAAGAAGAAGAACUUGGGGAGCUUCUCCAACAGUUUGGAGAACUCAAAUAUGUCCGCAUUGUCUUGCAUCCAGACACAGAGCAUUCUAAAGGUUGUGCAUUUGCCCAGUUCAUGACUCAAGAAGCAGCUCAGAAAUGCCUUCUAGCUGCUUCUCCAGAGAAUGAGGCUGGUGGGCUUAAACUGGAUGGCCGGCAGCUCAAGGUUGACUUGGCGGUGACCCGUGAUGAGGCUGCAAAGCUUCAGACGACGAAGGUGAAGAAGCCGACUGGCACCCGGAAUCUCUAUCUGGCCCGAGAAGGCUUGAUUCGUGCUGGGACGAAGGCUGCAGAGGGUGUGAGUGCUGCUGAUAUGGCCAAAAGAGAACGGUUUGAGCUGCUGAAGCAUCAGAAACUCAAGGACCAGAAUAUCUUUGUCUCCCGAACCAGGCUCUGCCUGCACAAUCUCCCAAAGGCUGUAGAUGACAAACAGCUCAGAAAGCUGCUGCUGAGUGCUACUAGUGGAGAGAAAGGGGUGCGCAUCAAGGAGUGUAGAGUGAUGCGAGACCUCAAAGGAGUUCAUGGGAACAUGAAGGGUCAGUCCCUCGGCUACGCCUUUGCAGAGUUCCAAGAGCACGAGCAUGCCCUGAAAGCCCUGCGCCUCAUCAACAACAAUCCAGAAAUCUUUGGGCCUGUGAAGAGACCAAUAGUGGAGUUCUCUUUAGAAGAUCGAAGAAAACUUAAAAUGAAGGAAUUAAGGAUCCAGCGCAGCUUGCAAAAAAUGAGAUCCAAGCCUGCAACUGGUGAGCCUCAGAAGGGGCAACCAGAGCCUGCAAAAGACCAGCAACAGAAGGCAGCUCAACACCACACAGAGGAACAAAGCAAGGUGCCCCCAGAGCAGAAGGGAAAGGCGGGCUCUACCUCAUGGACCGGGUUCCAGACCAAGGCUGAAGUGGAGCAGGUGGAGCUGCCUGAUGGAAAGAAGAGAAAAAAGGUCCUGGCGCUCCCCUCACACCAAGGCCCCAAAAUCAGGUUGCGGGACAAAGGCAAAGUGAAGCCCGUCCAUCCCAAAAAGCCAAAGCCCCAGAUAAACCAGUGGAAGCAGGAGAAACAGCAAUUAUCUUCCGAGCAGGUAUCUAGGAAAAAAGCUAAGGGAAAUAAGACGGAAACCCGCUUCAACCAGCUGGUCGAACAAUAUAAGCAGAAAUUAUUGGGACCUUCUAAAGGAGCACCUCUUGCAAAGAGGAGCAAAUGGUUUGAUAGUUGAUGAUGCCAGCGGGCUGGGUAAGAAGCUGGGUUGUGUACUUUCUGGUGACACUCCUGGGCUCCUCCCCAUCCCCCAUGUCUCUCACUGAGGGAAAGAAAAUCCCUGAGGACACUGCCACUGUGCUGGGAGGCGCCCUGGACUGUGUACAUCUGAACUUUGGUCCAUCCUUUGAUGUGUGGUUCGUUAGCCACAAAGAGAAAUAUCUGAAAGACAUCAUGAUGCUUCUUGCAUAUUAUCCAGAUUAUUGUAUGAAGUUGUGUCUAUAAUUAUUACCAAUUUUUAUUCUUUAUUUCUCAAAUGGAAACACCUGAAAAAGCAUUCUGGCGUGCUGAAUUUUUAAGAUGUAUAUUUUGUUAAGCAUAUUCUCUAAAUGAGAUAUUGUAUGGCUUUUUAGUAACAAUGUCAUUUCUAAUA